GUGUGAGAGUCUCUCUCUCUCUCGGUGAACGCUCUCGAAGCAGCAGCACGCGCACAGACACCGAGUUUCUCACCAAUCAACAUGGACGAGUCGUGUAGCUGACGGUCUGCCUUUUACCUCCAUAAACACCGCCUCUUUAUGUGUCUGAGCGAAUAAACAUCUGGUAAACAAACAUCUGGUAAACAAACAUCUGGAAAACAAACAUGAAGCUCAUCAUCGGUAUCGGAGGGGUAACUAACGGGGGUAAAACUACCCUGACUGACCGUUUGUGCCACAACCUGCCCAACUGCUGUGUGGUUCAUCAGGACGACUUCUUCAAGCCCCAGGAUGAGAUCCAAGUCGGGGAGGAUGGCUUUAAGCAGUAUGAUGUGAUCACAGCUUUGGACAUGGACGCCAUGAUGAGCACCAUCUACGCCUGGCAGGAGAACCCGGUGAAGUUUGAGCGCUCCCACGGUGUGGACAGCACGCUGGACCGUGAGAUCCUGCCUCGUUCCGGAGAGGACGAGGAUGAGGGCGUGCACAUCCUCAUUGUGGAAGGGUUUCUGCUCUACACCUACAGUCCUCUGAUUGACGUGUUUGACCAGCGGUUCUUUAUUUCCAUCCCAUAUGAAGAAUGCAAAAAGAGGAGGUGCUCGAGGAACUAUGCCGUGCCGGACCCUCCAGGUCUGUUCGAUGGUCACGUCUGGCCGAUGUACGUCAAACACAAGAAGCAGAUGGAAGACAUGGGAGUGGAUGUUGAACAACUUGACGGAACUCUGUCGAAGGAGCAGCUGUUUAACUCGGUGUACGGAGACAUCAUCAACAACAUCCAGAACCUGAUGAGGUCUGUUGAUCAGCACUAAGCCACAAAAGGAGGAAUACAAAGCCAUCUCUGCUGCAGGAGUGUGUGUGUGUGUGUGUGCGAGUGAGUUAGUGUGGUGCGAGUGUGGUGUGUGAGCGAGUUAGUGUGGUGCGAGUGUGUGUGUGAGUUUGUGUGGUGUGUGUGUUCGAGUGUGCACAAGUGUGUGUGGUCUCAGACUGGCUCUGCAUUGACUGUUACCUGCUUUAGCUCUUUUAUACCUUUUGGUACAUCCUCCAUAUUUAUUAGCUGUAAUAACAAAGUGAGUUCCACUCCGUAUUAAAGACAUCACUCCUACAA